UGUUCGUGUUAAAACGAUUGACAAAAGGCUUAUAUACAUGUAUGACUAUCUCCAACUCUUCCCUCUCUCACUCCACAUUCUUCUUCAUCGAUGCGUCAGGCCAACCAACUCAAUCGCCCAAUCUCGACUGGUCAAAUCCACCUUCCUCAACUCACGAAAGAAAAGAAACGUAGUUUAUGUUCAUUCUGUUCGAGAUUAUUAUUAUUAUUAUGUUUUUUUAAUGGUUGACAUCCUCGUCUUAAUUCCUCGAUCGAUUAAUCUCGAUUGCGAAAUCCUUGAGUCGGGAGCGUUGCGGUCGCUCCUGUUUCUGAUCUCCGUCGGAUGGAGCCUCGCGUGGGGGACAAGUUCCGCCUUGGUCGCAAGAUCGGGAGCGGUUCCUUUGGAGAGAUCUAUUUAGGAACUAAUAUCCAAACAAACGAAGAGGUUGCCAUAAAGCUCGAAAAUGUUAAGACGAAGCAUCCGCAGUUGUUAUACGAAUCAAAGCUAUACAAGAUUUUACAGGGUGGAACUGGAAUUCCAAACGUGAGAUGGUAUGGGAUUGAGGGUGAAUACAAUGUCCUUGUGAUGGACUUAUUGGGGCCAAGUCUUGAAGACCUGUUCAAUUUUUGCGGCAGAAAGUUUUCUUUAAAGACAGUUUUGAUGCUUGCAGAUCAGAUGAUCAAUAGAGUUGAAUUUGUGCAUUCUAAGUAUUUUCUACAUCGUGAUAUCAAACCAGAUAACUUUCUUAUGGGUCUUGGGAGACGAGCUAAUCAGGUUUACAUUAUUGAUUUCGGACUUGCCAAGAAGUACAGAGAUAGUUCAACACAUCAGCAUAUUCCAUAUAGAGAGAACAAGAACUUGACUGGGACAGCAAGGUAUGCAAGUGUUAACACCCAUCUUGGCAUCGAGCAAAGCAGGAGAGACGAUAUGGAAUCUCUUGGAUAUGUUCUUAUGUACUUCUUAAGAGGAAGUCUUCCAUGGCAGGGUCUAAAAGCUGGAACUAAGAAACAGAAAUAUGAAAAAAUUAGUGAAAGAAAAGUAGCCACAUCCAUUGAAGCUUUAUGUCGGGGUUAUCCUUCGGAGUUUGCAUCAUACUUCCACUAUUGUCGAUCGCUACGUUUCGAUGAUAAGCCAGAUUAUGCAUACCUUAAGAGAUUGUUCAGGGACCUUUUUAUUCAUGAAGGCUUCCAGUUUGAUUAUGUUUUUGAUUGGACAGUUUUGAAGUCUCAGCAAUCACAGAAUGCUAGUGCUCCUCCACGUCCUAUUAUCUCUGGUGUUGGACCUAGCUCUGGUUUGGUUCCUGCCACUGCAAAUGAUAAACAUUCUGGUGGUGAAGAAGGAAGGAUAAGUGGCUGGCCAGCAGCAGACUCCCCCCAUCUUGCUCGAGUUCCACCUCCAGCUGUACAUGCAGGGACCUUGGCAAAACAGAAGACUCCUCUUGGUAAUGAACCGUCUGUCAACAAAGAAGCUGCGUUUUCCAGUUCGACUUUUCUGGGGCAAUCAAGCGGAUCUUCAAGGCGAGCUGUUGUUUCUAGCAGCCAGGACAUGUGGGGCUCUGGGGCAGAUCAAUCAUGCACUCACACCACGGAGCAGAGUCCUCGGACUAUCUGUAAAGUUUCGAGUUCCGAGGGGAAUUCCCCCUUCGAUUCUGCAGAUCCCAGGCGCAUUUCCUCUGGAAGGAAUUUAGCAAACACUAAGAACUAUGAAUUCACCCUCAAAGGUAUCAGGGGUCUUAGCUUCGAUCAUGAUAAGAGGAUCAGAUACUAGUGUUGUAAACCAAGCUGCUGCCGUGGCCUUGCUUUACGUUCACUCUGUAAAUAUGUAUAACAGAGCAUGAGUCAGAUUAGUCAUUUCCUUGCCAUGAGUUGGUCUCUAGACCUGCUGAUUAGAGGAAGUGUCCCCAUAGACAAGAAAAGAUUGAUGGUGGAUCUGAGGAGCUAUGAUGUCCAGCUUCUGGAUGCCCGUGGUAUGGCUGUACAUUUAUUUAGAGUUGUUGCCAUGGCUCAUGAUUUCUAUCAUUGCAUCAAUGCUAUUUAGUAUGUUGUUUGUAAAUUUUUUUCUGUACUUUACAAUUACAUUAAAAUGUUAGUUUUCAAUAUUUAAUGUUAUCUUGAGUAUGGCUUUGUUUGUGGAA